AUGAACGAGUAUCUCGCUAUUGGGGAUAAACUGGCUCAUUACAUGGCUCUGAGCUGCAAUCACAGCGUUGUCAUGUCCAGUCUCUGCGGCUCAUUCUGGGAGCCCGAUAUUCCAUGCAACCUCGUCAGUGCGUGGCUGCAUCCCGUUCUGGAAGAAAUCCCAAGACACCCCGAGAUAGCCGACGACCCCGUGCGAUAUGCUGAAAUAGUUGCUCUUAUGUGCGGAACGCGCCGCCCACGCCUUUCGGCUCUGUGGGUCGGAGCUGCCCUCAGUGGACUUGUGCCCAAGAUCAUUGCCGCCGUCCGGCGUGGAACACCUCCUCUUGACCCUAAUGGUUUCUCAUGGACAGGAUCCCCGCAGUCUUUCAUGGACCUUGCAGGUUCAGGACCCUACUUCCACAGGGAGGCUUCUGGGGACCAGUCUAUAGAAAGAGCCGACGCCUGGAGACUCCUAUAUCUUCCUGUCCUAGAAGAUGAUGGCCUCUAUUACAACAGUCUCCCGUUUUCACCAUGGCAACCUGUCGGGAAAACCAGAGAACAAAACUGCGCGCUCCGGGUCCGAGCACAUGAAACGUGUCCAAGACAUCGUCUAGUGUAUAUCCACUGGACGUGGCAAUUGCAGGACGGUUCAAAGCUAAUCGACUCGGGUUUUCGAUUGGACGAUCACGAACCCCGUCAACUAUUCUCUCGCGUGCAAUCUCCUUCAGAAGCUAGCUUCGCAUACCCCCGUAUCCCUCUUUCGUCAACGCAAGGCGCGUCGCGCGAAGCAUCGAUGGAAAUAUUCCGAUGGGUUCUGGCGAAUCAUGAAGGGAGGCCGCCUGAAGAACCAAUAUACGAUGAUGACUGGAUAGCGGGAUGCGAUGACAGCGAUCGGUAUGGAUCUGACCCGGGGAUAAAAGAUUGCCCCAAUGAUAUAGUGAUGGGGUUUCCGGAGGGUAACAGCAACAAUCAGCAGAUUUCCUCUUUACAGGAAGAUCGGAUACGGCGAUGGGUGGAAGACAUUUGA